AUGGAAGUGGAUGAACCUCAAACACACACAAAUAUAACUGUGCAUCAAACAGACUUAAUGGCUCCUUUUAACUUUGAUAAGUUUCUUUACGUUAAGACCUGCACUAUAAAUUCAAAAGAGUAUAACAAUCCUCCUGCUCAAAGCUCAUCUGAAAUUUGGGAGCCAAGCUCAAUGCAAAGUGAAAAUGUUAGCAGUCCUGAAUUUCUUCAUCAAAUACAAAGAAAGAUUGAGUCCCUAAUCGAUUUUGAUUACGCUGACCAUGCAGAUAGAGUCCUGAGCCAUGAAAGAGCCUAUCAAAAUAAUUUGGCUAUGAAUGUCGAUGAAGUUGCUAUUAAAAAAAUCAAAAAGCACAAAGGAAAUUUUAAAAUCAAGCUUAAAAUGAGAAUCAUUGAAUUCUACGAUUCUCAUCCAGAUGCCAAAUAUGUCGAUAUUUGGGAAAAUAUUUGUGGUGUCCCCAUGCACAGUAAAAAGAAUAAUCACAAAGCAUAG